AUGAACAACACAACAGUCACAACGUGCUACGUCAAACUCUGGGGUGACUUCCAUAUGUUUGUUAUCGGGAUAUGUUUGGGCUUCGUUGUGUUCAACCUGAACUUGUUAAUUAUUGUAACGAUACUGAGAACUAAAGCUCUGCACACCAACACCAACAUAUUCAUGGUCUCAGUUGCUCUACUAGAUUGUUUGAUGGCUAUGUCAGACUUCACACAAGGCCUGGUUUACAGCACUGAAGUUAGAUUUAACACGAACGUUAUACACUUUAUUGACACUGUCCUUUUUGCAAUAGGCUACAGCGCCACAACAUUGUCAUGUACAUACAUGGCGUUUAUUGCAAUUGAUCGAUAUAUAAACAUCGCCCAUCCGUUUUACUACAUUUUAAAUAUAACAAAACGACGUCUCAUUGUAGUGCAGCUUAUUGCCUGGUUGUUUGGCUUGGUCUAUUGCAGUGUACCAAUAAUCUUGUAUAGAGAUGACAAAUACCAUAGAUACUGCAUUGCUUCACAUCCUCCAUUGGAGUAUUUUAUUAUCGACGCAUCGCUAAACCUCAUUGACUAUGUUUUAAUUUGUAUAUGCUACUUUAGAAUAUCAUAUUUGGCUUUCAGGCAUAAAAAAGCUGCCAAUGCCCGUAGACAACAAAGUGAAAAUCUAGAGAACGUUUUCAAGUUACGGAACAACCGAACAGCCGCCAGAAAAAUGAAAAUGAUAAGUUAG